CAGCGUGCGUGCUCGUGUGCGCGCGCGAGAGUCCUCGCUCUCGCUCUACUCUCCGCGCUCUCAGAGCUCGAGCUCCAGUGAGCGCGCGGCUCGUCUGUCUCUCUCACUCACUCAGAGAUCUGGGUCUCUCCGGACCGGGUGACUAUCUCUCUCCUUCAGACUGAGCGGGACUUUGUUUCCCUCCAGUUCUGACCCGGUUCCGGACGGAGGACACUGUUUCAGUGAGGGGAGUGAGGGAGUGAGAGGAGUUCGGAGCGCAGUGCGCGAGGAUAUGAAGGAGAAAACCGGAGUAACGCUACGUUACACUAACGGACUUUAACGGUCGUCUUUAACGGUCGGUGUUUCCUCAGAGAGAGAGAGAGGGAGAGAGACAUUAGCCGUCCGCUGCGACAGGUUCGGCUGAGAAGAUGGUUUUGCUGCGAAGCUGAUAAAGUCUCGUCGUUUUAACCCAAAAAACUCCACAAACUUCCCUUUUUUUGCUCUUCGUUUUUCAUUUUUAUCCACCAUGGGGCUCGGCAGUGCUUCAGCAUCCACUUUCUGUCUGAUAACGGCAACUCUCUGUGCAGCAGCGAUGGCAUGUAGCAACCAUUAUGAAUAUGCUAUUGAGGAGUUCUGCCUGGCCAAGUUCAAGCUGGACAUGGAAGCUCUGGACCAGCGCCACUGGUGCAGCUGGGAGGACACAGUAGAGUCCUAUGGUGAGCUGACGAACUGUACAUUCCUGGUGGCGCUGAAGAUGAACUGCUUCUGGCCAAACAGGCUGGUGGAUGAAUUCUUCAUCCGCGUCCACCGGCACUACUUCCACGACUGCUCGCUGUCAGGCCGACUGCUUCACGACCCGCCCAACCGCAUCUUGGGGCCUUUCAUCAUAGUUCCCAUACUGGUCACUUUGCUCAUGACUGCCCUAGUGGUGUGGAGGAGUAAGCGCAGCGAGGGCAUCGUGUAGGGCAGCCCUGUAUACUGAAGUGCCCCUCAUGUAACAACAUCCUGAAAACACACAGUAUGCUGCUACGACAGAGACUUCGGCGACUGAUGUCUUGCAUCUCAUCGACUGGUUCAACAGCGAAGCAACUGCAUACAUGCCACAUGCUAACAACUCUACUGAUGACUGCCCAAAUAUACAUGAGCUUUAUGAAGGACUUUGCUUCAUAAAAGCCUGUGUCAUAUACCUGUAGGGUCCUGGAUGGCAGUUUUUGAAGCAGAACGUUGUCAUGACGAUGCCUCAUUGGUGGAUCAGUUGGACCGCAAGACUGACCCUGGCUCAAUAAACCUCAUUUACAACCAGGAAAACCACAAUUCUAAAGCAAAGGGAAGACACUGUUAUCCGUGUGUGAUGGGCCUGCUUAUUAUCUGCAAGCGUCGAACUGAACAGCUCACACUCAUACGUCCUUACUUUGUGCAUAGUGCCAAACGCUGAAAACGUUUAUUAUAGUGAAUAUCGUCACUGUUGUAUCAAAACCUCGUAUCUCCAAAAAAUGGUAAUAGUAUAGGAGUUCUUCAUGAAAUGUUCACACAGUAUAAAGGACAGCUGGUGUAAUAAAAACUGAAAAAAGGAAGCUACGAGGUUUUGAUACACUGAUUUUUUGUUUAACAAACAUAGAAUAAAGCAGUAUGAUGCCACAGUCACCAUGCCAUGUAAAUGCCAGUGAUGUUUAAACUUUAAUGGCAAUGAAAGACGAAAGUAAAACAACAUAAUUUGAUUAAGUGUUUUAAACAAGCUUGAACUUCUUAGGUUUCACCGAAAUGCAGUCAGUUACAACUUCGCCUGAACGCAAGACGGAUUCCCAGGAUUUUAAUUGCUAUUAGUCGCACUGAUAUGUGUUAAUUGGGGAGUCUGUUUAGUCAUUUGUAACUCUAAUUGCAUCUUCAUUUGGAGAGAUUGUUGUUUGUAAAGAUCACUGGGCUGCCAGCUCCAGCUCCUGUCCUGUAUCCGAAGGGAUUCUUUCACUGAUUAGGCCUUGCAUUGAAAGGCUGCUUUUACUUGCGUCUAUCAAAAUGCUUUUCUAUAAACGUGUCUCAGAAACGACUGGCUGAGCAUCCUGCGUCUAGAACCUGGCAGCUUUAAAAGAAAAACGUCCAGUAGAUGGUGUUUAUCUGCCUGGGACUCAUUAUUGUAAAAAUAACGCACAUCUGUGAUGUGAGCAUCUCUGUCACUACUGUUCCCUGUGUCAGCACUUCAAAGGCCUCUGCUUCCUGGGAGAUUUGUAAUAAAGUCACUGGCCCUCA